AUGGACCCCUGCACAGGUGCGAAUGGAUGUGCCCACAUCUGUCAGAGUGAGAAUGGAGUGGCCAGGUGUGCCUGUCAUCCAGGGUACCAGCUGUCUGAAGACAAAAAGGCCUGCAGAGACAUAAAUGAGUGUGCAGAAGGGCUUGCUCACUGUGGCCAUCGCUGUGUGAACUCAGUGGGAUCUUUCACUUGUGCCUGUCACCCUGGCUCUGAGCUGGGAGCUGAUGGAAAACGGUGUUACAGGAUUGAAUUGGAAAUUGUCAAUAGCUGUGAAAAGAACAAUGGUGGUUGUUCACAUCACUGCGAACAUGCACUUGGUGGUCCCCAUUGUUCCUGUAACCAUGGACACCGGCUUGAUUCAGAUGAGAAAACAUGCAUAGACCUUGAUGAGUGUGAGAGUGGAGAAGCCUGCUGUGCCCAGCUCUGCAUCAACUAUUUGGGAGGCUAUGAAUGCAGUUGUAAGGAAGGCUUUCAGAUCAGUUCUGAUGGUUGUGGGUGUGAUGCUUUAGAUGAUGAUGAGCUAGAGGAAGGAGAAGAGGAAUUAGAAGUUGUGAGGUUCGCAGGCUUUCUGUUCAAGAGCCCGUCUAGACUGCUUCAUUAUGUUGCUCCCUCUCUGCCUCCCACCUACCAAGAUGAAGAAGAUGAGGACAAAGUGGGAAAAGAUAUUCGAGGAGAACUAGCUCUAUUGCCCAAAGUUGUCUGUUUAGAUCACACCUUUGGACAUGAUUGCAGUUUGAGCUGUGAGGACUGUAUGAACGGAGGCCGGUGCCAGGAGGGAAAGAGUGGGUGCUCCUGCCCAGCUGGCUGGGGUGGCAUUCUUUGUAAUGAAAGUGAGUGAUACCCUGAAGAAUUGGUAAGAGGGUGCUAUCUUCUCCUUUACUGUUGCUAGACCACUGGCGAUGAGUUCUCCUCCAUGUGUGUUCUCCCUAAAAUGUUUUAACAAGGUAAGCAAUUGAUAUGGGUGAGAAACCAAUUUAUUUGUUGUGCAUAGAGAAUGCCUGUGAAGCACUGAGGUUUUAAAGUGAACAUGUGAUUUAAAGGGAAGAUUUUGUGUUCCCUGGAAAACUUGAUGUACUGUUUCUUAUUUACCCAUGGA